AUGCUUAACUGACUGAGCCACCCAGGCGCCCCAAUUUUACCUUUUUAUAGAUGGGGGUGCAGGGGUGUUGGGGUGUGGAGGUUGGAUCAGAUCCAGGGCUUAGGCUCCCUGACCUGCCGGCACAGUGUCCUGGGCAUGCCAGUCAGUUCUGCGAGGGGCCUGCUCUGGGGUGAACAUGGAGGGUCAGCAGUGAGAGGAGCGGAGCUGCGGACACACGAGACAGGUCUUUCAUUCAUAUUUUAACAGAAACCGUGAAUAAAGGAUGAGGUCUCCUGGUCCGGAGGCUAAAUUUAGGCGUUGGCCUGGGCUCUGGUUUUCUCGCCCUUCCUGCUGCUGGCGUGUAGACACGCGUGCCUCUGGGGGACAGCUCCCCAGGCUACCGUGGGGCCCCACAGGGGAGCCUGUGCUGACUUGCUUCUCUGUCCCUCGCAGGGUGAGCAGCAGGCCCCGGCCCGCCGAGUUGAGCCGCAUGAGCGCUGCGCAGAGGCUCGAGCUCCUGGAGGAAGAAAGGGCUCGGUUUCGGGAGCUGCUGGCCAGUCCAGCCUACAGGGCCAGCCCCUUGCUGGCCAUCGGGCAGCAGCUGGCCCAGCAGAUGCAGCUGGACGGCGGCAGCCAGCUCUGACCUCUGAUGCAGCCUGGAGACGUGCCGUGAGCUCAAGGAUCCACCGCUUGCUGUCCUUGCCCUGAGCCUGGCAGGAGAGCCCACCGUGAGGCGUUGGGAUGGGGGCAGUUCCUCUGUGCCCCCGCGGCCCCCUGGGCUUCCUUCCAGACUGCUCUUGGGUUUCUCUAGGCGGGCCACCACGCAGCAGGCUCUGGGGAUGCCCAGCUCCUCUGCAACCCCAAGACGCGGUCAUGGUGGGUUCUGUGGGCGCUUGCUGCCCUCCCGGUUCCCAGGGCUCCUGUCUGCCCUUCUUGGGUUGUGGUCCCUGUGCUCCUCCCCAACCCGCUCCCCACCGUGUGUCCCUUUGGCUCUGAGCCCAGGUUGCUCCCCACCUGCCCUUGUGAUUGAGGUGAGCCGGGCUGCCGUGCUCUAGCAGUCCGGAGACUGGGAGCAGGCCUGGUCCCGCCCUGGAGUGAAACAGCUGACCCGGGAGCAGGAUGGUGUCUACUGUUAGAAACCUGGGGCUUGGGGGCCAGACUGCAGGAAUAGACUUCAACCCUAAGGGCCUGGGCUUGCCUGGGGAGUGGGAGUUGGGAGUGUGUGUUGUGUGGGGACUCACCGCCCAUGUCCUGCGGGGUCAGUGGUGGUGGAUGUGUGGCCUGGAGGCCUGGGCACCCACGGCAGCAGCUCUGGACCCAGUGAGCGCCCCGUCACUCUUGGGGCCGGGGCCAGGAUACCCAGCACCCCUUCACAGGCUGUGGUGUGGGGGUGGGUACCAGUGUGUCCAGGCGCCAGGCACUCUAGGCUUUGUGGCUGAGCCGGCGUGAGCUCUAGGUAUGUCCCUGACCUCUGGUGCCCUGGCUGGUGUGCUCGCGACUCAUGGACACCUGGGCAGCGUCUACCAAGGCUAUCCGGGCGUGGGUGGCUGAAGGGAUCCGAGCCCAUGCCCCGCCCCCAUUGGGCAUCCUGGGCCCCUUCUCUGCACAAGAGCACACGGUGUGGCCUUCUCCCAGGAAUGGGACACAGAAAGGACAGAUGGGACCACCGAGGCUGCAGGUGGGAGCCUGAGUCCCCUGGGCCGGAGGUCAGCACGGCCGUCUCGCCAGGACUGCCAGCCCGUAAGUGACGGUGCACUCUUGUCCUCAGCACAGAAACCAGUUCUCGAUAAGGGAGAUGAGUUGUUUACAAAGUGGUAUUUGUGACAAACUCAUUUUUGCAAUAAAUAAGUGCUGGGAGAAACUGGGGUACAGGCUGCCCGGAAGGUGAUGCAGGGCCCUUGAUGUUCCUUCGUCAUGUUUUUCCGAAUGAGUUUGGUGACAGUGAGUACAAGGCUGGUGCAUGUCAUCUGGAGGGAAAACGUACUUCCCGGCCUCCAGCGACUCCAGUGUGACCCCGGCCGGCCAGCUGGGCUCCCCUUGUGUCCCGGCUGCCCGGGAGCACGUGUGCUGUGGGAGAGGGAGGGGCUCCACAGGGGAGGGGCAGGCUGCUCUUGAGGCCUCAGAUCUCACCCCAGGAGGGUCACCAGAGAAGCCUCAGACGUGUGGGGACCUCCGCCCCAGAGCAGAGUGCCGGGCCCCAGUGACAGCUUACAGGAGAGGCCGUCCCCUGGGUGUCCCCUGGCUGCGGCCGGACGCCUGCCGCUGAGCGGGCGUGUGUGUGGUUUCUGAUGUGUGUACCAUGGGCGUGGCUGCCUUGGUGGCAGGUGUACGUGGUGAAGUGGAACAGUUCCUGGUGUUGGUGCCUCUUAAACCCUGUGCACUCCUGCUGUGCAGGGGUGCGUGGGUCUGUGUCUCUGGCACCUGCCUGCAGGGUCACCUCUGAAGGUCCCCUGCCCCAGCCGGAAAUCUUCAAGACCCCUUUUUAAAAGUACUCCAGCAACCCACGUGGAUCCUCCUUCCCCAUGAAACACCUCUCUCCUCCUCUUCCCUACUGGAGCCCCUGGUUGGUACGAAUGCUGUCGCAUUCUUUUGGUGGACGUGUGCAUCGGUUAUCAGCUGCCGUGGUACCUGUGUGACAGACAUCCCCCAAACGUGCAGCCAUGUGUUCUCCCCACAAGUCUGGGCCAGGCCGGACUCUUGCCUGAGGCACCCGCUGAAUUUGUUUCUUGGGUAACAGAUCAGCAGACGGGGUGACUUCAAACACUGGGAAUGCAUUCUGUCAUGGAGUCUGGUCAUGCUGGCAGGCCCACGCCGUCUCCGGAGGCCUCCAGACAGGGGCAGACAGGGGCAGUCCUGUUUGCCAGCCCCUCUCGUGUCCCCUGGCUGGUGGCUGCAUCACUCCUGUCCCUCCCCCUGCCUCCUAUGAGUCAUUGGGUCAGGGCCCGCUCUCCUGCAGGACGACCUCCCCUUAAUUAAUUCCAUUGCAAAGAUCCUAUUUCCAGGUACAGUUGCAUUCUGAGGUUCCACAUAGAUGUGCAUCUUGGGCGAUGCCCUGGGUCUGGGGGGCGGUCGGGGCAGCGGGAUCCUUGGAAGCCCCCAGGUGAACCGAAGAUGCACAUCCAGAGUCGGCUACCACUCGCCAAGUGGGGCGGGGAGGAGGUGAACUCGCCUACAGGGCAAAGCGCUGGGUGUUGGGAGGCUUCAUGGGGUGGGACGUUGACACGGGCGAAGGACUGGAAGGCAUGGGGCAGUCGUGGACAGCAGAGCACUGCACUGGGGCUUUGGGUGGUGGGCUGGGGUCCCCUCGUGGUGACGAGGGCCUCCUGGUGCCCCACCCCUUCCUGCGCUCCCCCAGACGGCACCCCAGCCCUUCUUUCUGGCACGUCUGCCCUUGUCCUGCCCGGUGUUAACAUGUUCUCCAGGCUGGCUUGCUUCCCCUAGGACGGAAACGAUUGAGGGCAGGGUGUGCUUUGUGCUGUUGGGGGGUCAGCAGCCCCACGUGGCAGUGAAUGAAUGAAUGAACCAGAGGCAGGAAACAGUGGGCUGCGUGGGCCCAGGUGACCAAGCCCAGGGCCCAGGUGGGGUGGCCUCGUGUCUGCACGCGGUGUCCAGUGGGGAGAGGGUUCCUGGGGGUGCGGACUCAGGCGCCUGGAGGGGAGGAAGGAGUCGGUAUGAACUCACAGCCCUCGGGGUCCAUUCUGGUUCUGGGUGCGCCUGCAGGCCGUAGGUGUUCGAGGCCGGCUGGCAGGGCUGGCCCAUGUUUGGGUUAUUCUCUCAGGUGUCUGGGUCGUUGGGCUGAUGAUGGCUGCACCCUGUCUGUAUGGAGCUUUGUCGACAGGGGCCUGGCUCUGGUGCCAGGCGGAUGGUGACGCGUGAGCCUCAUGCAGCCCCACAGCCUCAGCGUGCCGGCCUUCACGCGGACUCGGGCUCCCUUGCUGCUUCAGAGCCUUUGUCCUGGGCAGAGACGGGCAUCAGUGCCGGGCAGCCUCAGCUGGGUGGUGAGUCAGGCACAGGCAGCCGUGCCUGUCGGUCCCGUGUUGCUUGGAAGUCCGGUGUCGUCCAGACUGCUCCUGGAAUGCUCUUCGGGCGGCGGUCACACCAGUCCGUGACCGCUGCUUGGGCUGAGAUGCUGGAGCCCAGCCCCCGCCUGGCCCCGGUGGGUCCUUGGCCACCACCCCAUGACCCGGGCUCCAGGGUGCUAUCACUGCGUGUCUCCAGGAUAUCGGGAGAGCCAGCCGGCUCCUGGAGAUAGCAAGACGCCAGCCUUCCGGGCCUUUCUCUGAUGUCCUGUUCCCGGGCCAGCUGGUCCCCUGCUUCUGGACCUGAGACCCUCGGCCUGCGUGGAUGACUUCCUCUAUUUUGAGGUCAAACAGACUCAAUAAAUUGCAUUUUCUUCUAAAGGUGUUAAAAUAACACGGGUUACAGUGGUAAUUACAGACGUGUUCCUGA